GUCAGUAAUGUUGAAACUCAAUACAUUCGAACAGUUGACAAUUUGAUUGCUUCACGUAUCAGCAUGAAAUUACAGCUGCAGGCCUUUCAUUUCUCCAGCGCGAAUCCGACUAUGAUGCACGGACACAAUGGCUACGGAGGUCAGAUGCUAAACUCAGUGCACGGACCUAAUGGCAUCGGCGGUGUUGGUGGCUUAGUGCUACGUUGUACAGCGCAAAUCGGCGAAUUGUAUCAGGAAUACAAGGAAAUUGAAUUGGGAACACCACAAAAGGAUCCAAUACCGGCAAGAGUUACGCUUUCAUCUGGCAGCAGCAUGAAAAAUUUCUUCAGUUCAUAUUUCUUAUCGAAUGCCCGCAGUAUUGAGCCAACCGCUUACUUACUUUUGCUGGCCGCCAGUGUCGUUGGUGCAUCAAGAGCAGCUGUUGCCGCCGCUGCAGAAAUAUUAAUUGAAAUUUUCAACGCUUUUAAUCAACUUUUAAUGUACAAAGUUCUGAAACAAAUGCAUUCCCUGUACGCGCUCGCCCAGCAGCGCCUCUUCUCUCAAAGAUAACUAUCCAAAUUUGCAAAACUAGGUUAAUUAUAUUUUUAUAUUAAUUAUUAAGCCACAAAAUAAUAAUU